GUGCCUUCGCUUGCAAGAUGGUACCGUUUGUUCAAUCGACUGCUAUUGUAACUGAGAUUCUUACAAUGACCUGCAUUGCUGUGGAAAGACACCAGGGAAUUGUGCAUCCAUUAAAAAUGAAGUGGCAGUACACCAAUAAAAGAGCUUUCACGAUGCUAGGCAUAGUCUGGUUGCUGGCAGUUAUUGUUGGGUCUCCUAUGUGGCAUGUGCAACGGCUUGAGGUUAAAUAUGACUUUCUAUAUGAAAAAGUAUAUGUUUGUUGCUUGGAAGAAUGGGCCAGUCCGAUUUAUCAGAAGAUAUAUACGACCUUUAUUCUUGUUAUACUCUUCCUUCUUCCAUUGAUGUUGAUGCUUUUUUUGUACACUAAAAUUGGUUAUGAACUCUGGAUUAAGAAACGAGUGGGAGAUGCUUCCGUUCUUCAAACCAUUCAUGGGAAUGAAAUGUCAAAAAUAUCAAGGAAGAAGAAGCGAGCAAUUGUAAUGAUGGUGACAGUGGUGUUUCUCUUUGCAGUCUGUUGGGCCCCUUUCCAUGUGAUUCACAUGAUGAUAGAGUACAGUAACUUUGAAAAAGAAUAUGAUGAUGUGACAGUCAAAAUGAUCUUUGCAAUCGUCCAGAUAAUAGGAUUCUUCAAUUCUAUUUGCAACCCUAUUGUGUAUGCUUUCAUGAAUGAAAACUUUAAGAAAAAUUUUCUGUCUGCCAUCUGCUUUUGCGUUGUCAGAGAAAAUGCAUCCCCAACCAGGCAGCCCGGGAACUCGGGGAUUACUAUGAGGCGGCAAAAGGCAAGUGUUUCUCGGGAAGAUCCCAUUGACUCGGAUGAAGCCAGGAGGGAGGCAUUCAGCGAUGGCAACAUUGAAGUCAAGUUCUGUGACCAGCCAGCUUCAAAAAGGAAUUUGAAAAGGCACCUUGCUUUAUUCAGCUCUGAGCUUACUGUGCAGUCUGCAUUAGGAAAUGGACAGUAGUGUCACAAAGGUUUUGAGAACAGAAAAAGCAGUCUCUUUAUAUGGUAACUUUGAGUAAGCCAUUUAAAACAAUUUUGUGCUUUACAUGCUGAAAUGAGGGGAAAAGUGUUUUGUGGAUUCUGGUAAUGGUUGAGAAAAUGUAAUAUGUUUUGUAAGGAUGA